GAGUAAACAACCUCAUUCAUAUUUUUUUGGCAGAAUUUUACGCGUUUGUUUGUGUAUCUACGCAUCUUGUUGUCAGUUCAUUCGCCAGCAGCUUAUUAUGUCAAGCAUUUUCGGGCAUUAGAACGAGAUUCGCAGCGAAAAAGUUACUUUUGUGCCUUCAGAAUGGUGUCUUUUACCUUCGAUUUUGACAAACCGGACAAAAAAUAUCGCGCUGGCGAAAGUGUGCGAUGCAAAAUCAGCGUAAAUGUCUUUUCCAAGUUCAAGGCAAAGUCAUUGUCAGUUCGCUUUCGUGGAAAAGCACACACGGAAUGGACCAAAUCUCGCACCGAGACACGAGAUGGCAAAACGCGAACAGUUUACGACACUUUUACGGGUCACGAGGAGUAUUUCAGACAAUAUCAAUAUUUGUUCGGAAGUGAAAAUGCCUCGGAAAACACGGAAGUCAAUGAAGGGCUUCACACGUACAACGUUUCGUUCCCGCUGCCAACUAAUUUGCCUUCCAGCAUCGACGAGAGCAACGGUUAUGUGCGAUAUGACCUCAAAGCGAAGUACGACAUCUCAUGGGGCUUCGAUAAAGACAGCAGUUCGACGUUUUACGUGACUUCCCGGUUGGAUUUGAACGAAUUUCCGCAUCUUUUGGAGCCCGUCAAGGACGUUCGUGAGAAAACUUUCGGUUGUUGUUGUUGCAAAACGGAUCCGAUGCAAUUAAUUAACAUCCUACCAAGAGCGGGGUUCGUUUUGGGCGAAUUUAUUCCAGUUACAAUCCAAAUUGUCAACAACUCUGACGUCCGUAUCGAAGGCGUUCGCGUGAAAUUCAAGGAAGAAAUAACUUUUAUCACAAGAUCGCCUCGAACUGACACCCGAUCCAGCACGAAAACGUUAAAUGAGCAUUUCUUCGAAACUCCUAUCGCUCCAUACCAAAACAAAAUCUUCCAAACUGAAUUUUUUUUGGACCCGGAGCACGAUUUUAAGCUUUUUAAUGGAUGCGGCAUCAUAAAUUCCGAAUAUUACAUAAUUUCGGAAGCAGAAGCGUCGGGAUGUCAUUCGAAUCCGACACAAUCGACAAAAAUCACGAUCGGAACAAUUCCCUUUAAUGUCCUUCAAACGAACGGAAAUGGAAUUUUUAAUGCAACAGCUCCCGUGGAUGCGCCUGUUGUCGUUGAACAACCAUUGCCAACAUACCAAGAAGCGGCAAGAGCUCCAAGUCCCUUGCCCGGAGCAUCGGGAGGAAUUGGAUGGAAUGUCGCCGGAUUAAGUGUGAGUCCAAAAGGAGCUCCAUUGGCAUCAACUGAAAAGAUAUUUUUGGAUGAUAAUCUUCCGCCGCCAUCAUUUGAAGACAGUCAAAAGAUGAAAAAGGCAAUUGAAGCAGGAGAAGGAGAAUUGCCUUCAGCGCCAACUGAAUUCAAUCCAACAGCUCCGCCGCAAUAAUUUUGCGUUAAAUACCUGAAAAAAAAACAAGCCAGUGCAUUAAUUUUAAGACAAUUUAUUUAGAUUUUAAGCUCAGGGAUCUGAAGUGCUUCGAUAUUACUACUUACCUUUAGUGUUAAAGUGCAAUUUUUGCCAGUUUCUGUAUUCUUUUACAAAAUGCAUUUACUUAACUGUUGAACAAGAAAAAAAAAAUGAUAUUUAAUAA